AUGGAGAAGCCAGAGAAGUAUCUGUCGUCGGUGCAGGGGACCGACUCCGCGCCGGCGCCGCACGGGGAGACCAUGUGGAACAGCACCGAGUCAGAGGUGACUGGCAACGGCGAGAGAGACGGCGUGGUUUUGCGCGCCCUGACGGGGUGUUUGCUCUUCCUCCUCAUCCUGUGGACGCUCAUGGGCAACAUCCUGGUGUGCUCCGCGGUGCUGCGCUCCCACCACCUACGGACAAAAGUGACCAACAUCUUUAUCGUGUCCCUGGCCCUGUCGGAUCUCUUUGUGGCUGUGCUAGUGAUGCCAUGGAAGGCUGUAGCGGAGGUAGCAGGAUACUGGCCAUUUGGCACUUUCUGUAACGUCUGGGUGGCAUUUGAUAUUAUGUGCUCCACCGCUUCCAUCCUCAACCUUUGCAUCAUUAGUGUGGACAGAUACUGGGCCAUCUCCAGUCCCUUUCGCUACGAGAGGAAAAUGACUCAGAGAGUGGCGUUUGUCAUGAUAAGCAUCACUUGGACGUUGUCAGUGCUCAUUUCAUUCAUACCGGUCCAGCUCAACUGGCACAAAGCCAGCGGGGAUGUCUCGGCUGGGGCGAGCAACUCCUCCGCAGGUCGCCGAACAGAGGAGAACUGUGACUCCAGUCUGAGUCGAGAAUACGCUAUCUCCUCAUCAUUGAUUAGUUUCUACAUCCCUGUGGCAAUUAUGAUUGUGACUUACACACGAAUAUACCGGAUUGCUCAAAUACAAAUCAGGAGAAUAGCUUCUCUAGAGAGAGCUGCAGAACACGCGCAAAGUUGCAGGUCGAAAAGAAUAGAGUGCCAACACCACAAUACUCUAAAGACAUCUAUCAAGCGGGAAACCAAAGUUUUCAAAACACUUUCGGUGAUUAUGGGUGUCUUUGUGUGCUGCUGGUUGCCCUUCUUCGUCCUCAACUGCAUGGUUCCUUUCUGCGACAAGCCGUCCACUGACCAGCACGCGGGUCUGCCAUGUGUUAGCGAGACCACCUUUGACGUUUUUGUGUGGUUCGGCUGGACCAACUCAUCCUUGAACCCCAUCAUUUACGCUUUCAACGCAGAGUUCAGGAAAGCCUUCGCCAGCUUGUUGGGUUGUCGCUACUUCUGCUCCAACACGCCUGUAGAAACUGUUAACAUCAGCAACGAGUUAGUGUCCUAUAACCAAGAUACUAUGAUCCACAAGGAGAUUGCCAGCGCUUAUGUCAAUAUGAUACCCAAUGUUGUGGAAUGUGAGGAGACUUUUGACAGGCUCUCUCAGCUUACUGUUAACAAUGACAACGCCACCGACUCGGUGUGUGACUUGGAGGAUUGCGAGGCUGUUAUCAGUCUCGACAGGAUGUCGCCAUUCAUGCCCAAUGGAUUACAUUGA